UAUACUGGUUUUUUUUACGGGAGAUGUCAGAAGACCUUGCAAAACAGUUAGCUAGCUAUAAAGCUCAACUCCAACAAGUUGAAGCUGCUUUGACAGGAAAUGGAGAAAAUGAAGAUUUACUAAAACUCAAAAAAGACUUACAGGAAGUUAUAGAAUUAACCAAAGACCUUCUUUCAACACAACCUUCAGAAACACUUGCAAGUUCUGACAGUUCUGCUUCUGCUCCUCCAAGUCACACAUGGAAGGUUGGAGACAGAUGUAUGGCAAUAUGGAGUGAAGAUGGACAGUGUUAUGAAGCUGAAAUUGAAGAGAUAGAUGAAGAGAAUGGCACAGCCGCAGUCACCUUUUCGGGAUAUGGCAAUGCUGAAGUCACACCCCUGCUCAAUCUGAAACCUGUGGAAGAGGGAAGGAAAGCAAAGGAAGACAGUGGCAACAAACCCAUGUCCAAAAAAGAAAUGAUUGCUCAGCAACGAGAAUAAAAGAAGAAAGCUUUGAAAAAGGCCCAGCGAAUCAAAGAGCUGGAACAAGAGCGAGAGGACCAGAAAGUCAAAUGGCAGCAGUUCAACAACAGAGCUUAUUCAAAAAACAAAAAAGGCCAGGUAAAGCGAAGCAUCUUUGCUUCUCCUGAGAGCGUAACAGGGAAGGUUGGAGUUGGAACAUGUGGAAUUGCAGACAAACCCAUGACACAGUACCAAGAUACAUCCAAGUACAAUGUCAGACAUUUGAUGCCCCAGUAAUUGAGGAAGAAACGGACUUAACAUCACUUCUGCAGGGCUUUACAUUUACCUUUUGAUUGUCUAUAUUUUUCUAAAAGUAAACUAUUGGCGCAUAGUGAAAA